AUGACAGAGUUUGGAGAAGCCGACUUCAAAGACCUCGCUGAGACUCUUUGUAGUCUACCGAAACCUACCGAUGUUGCUCGCUAUGGACGACUGGCAACCACCAUACCUUGUAGCCAGUCUGCUUACCUUGGAUACUGCUAUCGCCAAUGGGGCGUGAUAGCCGGGUACCAUAACGGUCUCUACAUGGCUCUCAAGGAAACCGAAAAGUUCAAGGCUUUCAUUCUCUACUUGUCAACUGCGAGUUCGAUCACGAAAGCCGAUGUUUCCGCCUAUUUCUGCGAUAAAGACGGGGAGCGGCCAAACUCUGAAGCGCAAGAGUCUACCAUCAACCUCGCGCUACGCCUUUUGCUCAUGCUCAAAUUUGGACCGGUUCAGGGCGAGGCAUUUCCACAUCAUCACCUGAUAUGGGAUGCUGGCUGUUUGAGAGAAUGUAUAGCGAGAUACCUGGAUGAAGGGCCCCGCCUAGACGUGAAGGGCGUCCGCUUGCCUAAGACAUUCCACGCUUGGAGUGUGGUAGCAAUUGGAGCCUAUCUUUACAAACAACACAAGAUGUGCUUCGGCCUGUCGAGACGCAGAGGAUACGGAGGUGGCUACGGCGGUCCUGGCUACGGCCCCCGCCCAGUUAUCGUACAGACCCACCACCACGGCCAUCACGGCGGCGGCAUGAUGGGUGGACCUAGACCAUGCGGCCCCCGACCCGGCUUCGGCGGCGGCGGCUUUGGCGGACCCGGCAGACAUGGAUACGGCGGCGGCAGGGGUGGAGGAUGGGGAGGCCGCGGUGGUCGCUGGUAG